AUGCCUCGAACCUCAGCUCCGCUAAUCAAGCCCGAGCCCCCGCCCAGCUGGUUGGAUGCUAGUGAAGAGAUUCCUCUCCCUGAUCAGGCGCCGUCGCGAACAAAGGAGGAGGCCAAGAACGAUUUGCGCAAGCUCCUCGAUAGCGGAGCGUUCAAUUGCAGCUUCACCGGCGACCAGUCCACCCUACCUGGCUUCAAAGAUGGCGUCCGCUUGAAACCUCAUCAAGUUAAAGGUCGACUUUGGAUGCGACAGCGCGAGAAUCCUCCAGAGAAGUUCGGCGGUCUUCUUUGUGAUGAUAUGGGCGUCGGGAAAACUCUCCAGACGAUUGCAUGCAUCCUCGAUAGACUGCCGACCAAGGAAGAAGCAGCACAAGGCUGGAGCCAUUCCACCCUUAUCGUUGCUCCUCUUGCCGUGCUGGAGCACUGGGCAACGGAAAUACAGACCAAAACCAAUGGGCUACGCGUCAUCAAGUACCACGAUUCGACUCGCGGGCGACUGUCUCUUGCUAAAGCAGAUGUUGUUGUCACAACCUAUGGUAUCGUCCGGUCGGAGCACACCCGGGAGAAACCUACUGCCCUGUUUAGCACCAAGUGGCUGCGCGUCGUGCUUGAUGAGGCUCAUACCAUCAAAAAUAGUAAGACUGAAACAGCUAAAGCGUGCUUCAGUCUACAAGCAAGAUUCCGCUGGUGCCUGACUGCAACCCCAAUGCAAAACGCUGUCGAAGAUUUCUACUCUUUGUUUCAUUUUUUACGUAUCAAACCUGUGAACGACUGGACUCGCUUCCAAAGCGAAAUCUCCAAACCAAUCGACAAAGGGAAUGGCAACGCCGGUCUCGCGAUGAAGCGCUUACAGGUUGUGCUGAAGCACGUACUACUGCGACGCCUCAAGACCCAACUGGACGAGUUGAAGCUGCCAACUCGGACCGUCACCCUGGUCUCGUGUCACUUCAGCGACGACGAGCUCGCUUUCUAUAAGGCACUGAAAGCGUAUUCGAACACAAUCGUGAAGCGAAUCAUGAAGAACUCGGAUCUCCAUGGCGGAACGAAGUAUAUAAACAUUCUGGUCAUGUUACUGCGGUUGAGGCAAGCAUGUGAUCAUCCCCGACUGGUCCUCGAAGAUUACAAGGAGGCACUUGAGGAGCUCGAUUCCGAAGAGAGUGUCAUGCCAAAAGUGUUUUUGGAUGGUGACAAGGAUACAGACGAUGAGUCCGCCGAUCAAGAGAAUAAAUGUGGUACAUGCGCGAUUCGUUUGACCCGCAAAAAUAUGGCUGGCAAAGACUGGCCAGGCACUUGCAUCAAUUGUGCGGCGCUUCAAGUUCAAGCUGAGAAUCUUUCUAGUCCAUUUCGGGCGUCUACAAAGGUCAACCAGAUUCUCCGUCUGUUAAAGAAAAUCGCAUGUUUGGGCGGGAACCAGAAAACUGUCAUAUUUUCUCAAUGGACAUCAUUUCUCGACCUCCUGGAGCCUUUCUUAUUGGCGAUGAAUAUUCGCUUUACACGCUAUGAUGGGAAACUCGGCACGAAUGAGCGCGCAGCCGCUUUGAAGGAGAUAGCAGACGACGCUCGUGUCACAGUCAUCCUGGUCUCCUUGAAAGCUGGGGGCCAGGGGUUGAACUUGACUUGCUGCAACCAUGUGAUCUUGGUCGACAUGUGGUGGAAUCCUGCCGUUGAAGAACAGGCUUUCGAUCGAACUCAUCGCGUUGGCCAGAAACGGGAUGUCCAUAUUUAUAAACUGCGCGUGGAGGAGACAGUCGAAGACAGAAUUCUCGAACUCCAGGAUAGAAAGCGCCGAGUCACAAAUAUGGCCCUCAGUCAGAGCCGCGAGGAAACAGAUGUGAGGCUUAACCUUGAGGAACUGUUGAAUCUUUUCAAGUAG